AUGGCGCGGUUGGCAGACAGGAUGCUGUCAAGAAGGCAGGUUGAAGGAUUGAUUGCUGAAGGGAAAACUAUUUUCAUCUUUGACGGGAAUGUUGUACGAGCCGAUGCUUGGCUGAGGUUUCAUCCAGGGGGCGAUAAGACUAUUCUGCACAUGGUCGGUAGAGAUGCUACUGAUGAGGUUAAUGCUUUACAUUCAAUUGAAUCUCGGGCUCAGAUGAGACGUUUUAUAAUUGGAAAGGUUCAGCAACCUUGGGAAAGCUUUACACCGCCUCUGCAUGGCGGUAAGUUUCGUCCAUACAUUGAGGGUGAGGAAGAUGAAGAAUUGUCCGAGCCCGAAUGCCCACAAGGCGAGGGGGCUCGAUCCCCGUCAUCAUUGUCCGUCAGCAGUGACGACAAUAGUUUUCUAUUGGACCCCGGCCUUCGUCGCAUGGAAGAGUUGACGAGGAAGGGAAUGGAGUACGAUCUCGCGACGUACCCAGCCCUUGACGCAGAGACACAAGGAAAAAUAGUCGGUCUUUAUCGAGAAUUGGACGAGCAGGUACGAUCGGCUGGGCUUUACAAUUGCAACUAUGUUCGGUAUAUGAGGGAAGUUGCGCGUUACCUGACGUAUCUCUCGACUUCGUUAAUACUCUUGCACUAUGGAUGGUACAAGAUGUCAGCGUUCUUUCUGGGAGUGUUCUGGCAUCAGAUCACCUUCACUGCUCACGACGCUGGUCAUAUGGGAAUAACACACCACUUUCAUGUCGACACAUGUAUCGGUAUCUUCAUUGCAGAUUUUUGUGGAGGUCUCUCAUUGGGGUGGUGGAAGAGAAGCCACAAUGUACAUCAUAUUGUUACAAAUGACCCAGAACAUGAUCCCGAUAUUGAGCAUCUUCCUUUCUUUGCCGUUAGCCAUCGCCUCUUCAGCAGUCUAUACUCAACUUACUACGAUCGUGUGAUGCAAUUUGAUGCCGUCGCUAGAGCGUUAGUCAAGUUUCAGAAUUACCUUUAUUACCCGAUCCUUUGCUUUGGCAGAUUCAAUUUAUACCGUCUUUCCUGGGAGUACCUUAUUCUCGGGCUUGGCCCUCGUAAGGGAAUUGCUGCGUACCAGAGAUGGCUCGAAAUUACUGGCAUGGCAGUCUUCUGGUAUUGGUUUGGGUAUCAACUUUUGUACAGGUCUAUACCCACCAAUUGGGAUCGAUUCCUGUUUGUUAUGAUCAGUCAUGCGGUGACGAUGCCUCUACAUGUGCAGAUUACACUAUCACAUUUUGCCAUGUCGACGUCUGACUUGGGGGUCAAAGAGAGCUUUGCACAGAGAAUGUUGAGGACUACUAUGGAUGUCGACUGCCCACGGUGGUUGGAUUUCGUGCAUGGGGGAUUGCAAUUCCAGGCAUGCCCCCACAUGGCAAUCCACCACCUUUUCCCACGUAUCCCGAGACACAAUCUCCGAACAGCUCGGGAGCUAGUUAUGGAGUUCUGCAAAAAAUCAGGUGUCCCGUAUGCUCUUUACAGAUUCUAUGAUGGCAACAAGAAAGUGAUCGGCCAUUUGGGCGAAGUUGGCAGACAAGCUAAGAUCUUGGCCGAAUGUCAGGCAGCAAUCAUUAAUAAGGGUGAUUAUGGUCAUAUGUGA